GACGCAGCCGAGCAAGCAAGCCAGCGAGCGCGCGACAGCCGGGGCCCGGGGAGGCGCGCGCGCCUUCCUUUGCAGCUUCCUCCUCCUUCUUGCUCUCUCUCCCCUUUUCCUCCUUGCUGCCCGUCUCCGGAGCAGGCCAGGCUCGGUGCCCGCAAAAGCGGCUGGAAAGACAGAAGGGAAAAAAACAACAGAGGAUCCUCUUCCUCUCCAACUGCAAAAAAGGGGAGCGAAACUUCACGCCCGUAGCGGAAAGAAAGCAAGAACAACGAAAGAGGAGGAGAAGGAGGAAAUCAACAGCAGCAACAGGAGGAUCGGAAGGAGUUGUAAUAGCAGUCCUGGCCAAAGAGAGACGUGAAGUUUCCCCAUGGACAGAAGAGGCCUUUUUUCUCCAUGGCAAAUGCUUUGAGUAGCACAUGAAGACAUCAUGGCCUGCCUUACGAUGACAGAGAUGGGAGGGACAGCGUCAUCUCCUAUUCACCAGAAUGGUGGCGUCAUUGGGAAUUCAACCAUUUCCAGACAAACAGAACCACAGCUUCGGAUUUACCUUUAUCAUUCCCCGGGAAAGACUGAAGGCGAUUAUUUGGAAUUUCCAGCUGGAGAUUAUGUUGCGGAAGAGAUCUGCAUUGCUGCUUGUAAGGCUUGUGGUAUCCUGCCGGUGUAUCACAACAUGUUUGCACUCAUGAACCAGGCAGACCGAUGCUGGUAUCCUCCAAACCACGCCUUCCAAAUCGAGGGAUCAGCCACACUGACAGUACUCUACCGAAUAAGGUUUUAUUUCCCACACUGGUAUUGCAAUGACAGUACACGGGCGUAUCGCUAUGGUGUCACCCGAGGCGCUGAGACUCCUGUGCUUGAUGAUAUCAUCAUGUCUUAUUUGUUUGCUCAGUGGCGAGAAGACUUUGUCCAUGGGUGGGUUAAAAUGGCUGUCACUCAUGAAACACAAGAAGAAUGUCUGGGCAUGGCUGUUCUGGAUAUAAUGAGAAUGGCCAAAGAAAAGGACCAAACCCCACUAUCCAUUUACAAUUCUGUUAGCUAUAAAAUGUUUUUGCCCAAGUGCAUCAGAGAGAAAAUCCAGGAUUAUCACAUUCUGACCCGCAAGAGAAUAAGAUACAGGUUCCGCAGAUUCAUUCAGAGGUUUGGCCAGUGCAAUGCAAGUGCCAGAAACUUGAAACUGAAGUAUCUCAUAAAUCUGGAAACCCUCCAGUCUGCCUUCUACUCCGAAGUAUUUGAAGUCAAGGAGCCUGGCAGAGAGCCUUCGGGCGAAGAACGCUGUGCAACUAUUAUUAUAAGUGCAAAUGGUGGAAUUCAGUGCUCCAGAGGGAAACAUAAAGAGAGCGAAACACUGGCAGAACAGGACAUACAGACCUACUGUGAUUUCCCAGAUAUAAUUGAUGUCAGUAUUAAGCAAGCAACCCAGGAAGGUUCUGGAGAGAAUAGAAUUGUGACCAUUCACAAGCAGGACAGCAAGAAUUUGGAAGCUGAGUUUCAUUCAUUAAAAGAUGCUCUUUCUUUUGUAUCAUUAAUUGAUGGGUAUUACAGAUUAACGGCUGAUGCCCACCAUUAUCUCUGUAAAGAAGUGGCACCUCCUUCAGUUCUUGAGAGCAUCCAGAGCAACUGCCAUGGGCCAGUUUCCAUGGACUUCGCAAUCAAUAAACUGAAGAAAGCUGGCAAUCAGCCCGGUUAUUAUGUUCUUCGUUGCAGCCCAAAGGAGUUUAAUAAGUACUUCCUUACCUUUGCAGUCCAGCAAGAUAGCAUGGCUGAUUAUAAGCACUGCUUGAUAACAAAAAAUGAGAAUGGAGAAUAUAAUCUCACUGGGACACGAAGAAGUUUUACAAACCUUGUGGAUCUUUUGAAUUGCUAUCAGACAGAAACUGUCCGGUCGGAUAGUAUAAUUUUCCAGUUUACCAGAUGCUGCCCUCCAAAACCAAAAGAUAAGUCAAACUUACUAAUCUUGAGAAGCAAUGCAGCUUCCGAUGUGCCCACAUCACCCACUCUGCAGAGGCACAAUAAUAUCAACCAGAUGGUCUUCCACAAAAUCCGGAAUGAAGACCUGAUUUUCAAUGAAAGUCUUGGCCAAGGUACCUUCACCAAAAUUUUCAAAGGUGUGAGGAAAGAAGUGGGAGACUACGGUAAACUGUAUCAGACGGAAGUCCUGCUGAAGGUUCUGGAUAAAGUGCACAGAAACUACUCUGAGUCUUUCUUUGAAGCCGCCAGCAUGAUGAGCCAGCUUUCUUACAAGCACUUGGUAUUAAAUUAUGGAGUUUGUGUCUGUGGAGAGGAAAAUAUUCUGGUACAGGAGUAUGUAAAAUUUGGAUCACUUGACACCUAUUUGAAGAAGAAUAAAAAUUCUAUAAAUAUCUUAUGGAAACUGGAAGUUGCGAAACAGCUGGCAAUGGCAAUGCAUUUUCUGGAGGAUAAAAACCUUGUUCAUGGGAAUGUAUGUGCAAAAAAUAUCUUGCUUAUCAGAGAAGAAGAUAGGAAGUCUGGGAAUCUUCCCUUUAUCAAGCUCAGUGAUCCUGGUAUCGGUAUUACAGUGUUGCCAAAAGACAUUCUUCUAGAGAGAAUCCCAUGGGUUCCACCUGAGUGCAUCGAAAAUCCCAAGCGGCUGAGUUUGCCGACGGACAAGUGGAGUUUUGGGACCACCUUGUGGGAGAUCUGCAGUGGGGGAGACAAGCCCCUCGCAGCACUGGAUUUGCAGAGAAAACUACAGUUUUAUGAAGACAGGCACCAACUUCCUGCUCCAAAUUGGACUGAACUGGCAAAUCUUAUAAAUAACUGUAUGGAUUAUGAACCAGAUUUUAGGCCCUCUUUCAGAGCAAUUAUACGUGAUCUUAACAGUUUGUUCACUCCAGAUUAUGAACUAUUGACAGAAAGUGACAUGUUACCAAAUAUGAGAACUGGUGGCCUUGGACUUUCUGGGGCUUUUGAAAACAAGGACCCUACAUAUUUUGAAGAGAGACACCUCAAGUUCUUACAGCAACUUGGCAAGGGCAAUUUUGGGAGUGUGGAAAUGUGCCGAUACGAUCCGCUACAAGACAACACUGGGGAGGUGGUCGCUGUGAAGAAGCUGCAGCACAGCACAGAAGAACACCUGAGAGACUUUGAAAGAGAAAUUGAAAUCCUCAAAUCUUUGCAACAUGACAACAUUGUCAAGUACAAAGGAGUGUGCUACAGUGCAGGUCGCAGAAAUCUGAAGCUGAUCAUGGAAUAUUUGCCCUAUGGAAGUUUACGAGACUAUCUCCAGAAAAACAAGGACAGGUUGGAUCAUAAGAAACUCCUGCAGUAUGCUUCUCAGAUAUGUAAGGGCAUGGAGUAUCUGGGAUCAAAAAGAUAUGUUCAUAGGGAUCUAGCGACCAGAAAUAUCUUGGUGGAGCAUGAAAACAGAGUGAAGAUUGGAGACUUCGGCUUGACAAAAGUCCUGCCGCAGGACAAAGAAUAUUACAAAGUCAAGGAACCAGGAGAGAGUCCAAUCUUCUGGUAUGCACCAGAGUCACUGACAGACAACAAAUUUUCUGUGGCUUCAGAUAUGUGGAGUUUCGGUGUGGUCCUGUAUGAACUUUUCACGUAUACAGACAAGAACAGAAGUCCACCCGUGGAGUUCAUGCGCAUGAUUGGCGAUGAUAAGCAAAACCAGAUCGCAUUCCAUUUAAUAGUUCUUUUGAAAAACAAUGUCAGGCUGUCAAGACCUGAUGGGUGUCCUGAUGAGGUUUAUGCCAUCAUGACAGAGUGCUGGAACAGUAACCCAAGCGUGCGACCCAUCUUUAGGGACCUCACUCUGAGAGUUGAUGUCCUAAGGGAGAACAUGGGUGGAUGAAGACUCCACAAAGAGCAUCCAAAGAGAAACCUUGACCUGCAUUGCAAAAUGUGUUCUGUUCUUGGCGUGGUUGCAGAUUAUUGGCCCUCCCAGGCACUUUCUUCUUUGAGAACAGAGGUUGGAAGGAAAUGAUCCCAUCAUGACUUCCGCACGACUGUGAAGAACUCUGGUUUCUUCCUUCAUGGGGAGUAUUGCUGUGCUGCACCAGUGCAAAGCACUUGGUUGUGAAAGAAUUGCAUUUGUUUUUACUUAAAAAAAAAAAAGCAAAUCACUGGAAAAUGUGUUCAGUUAGCAUCACCUUGUUUUGCCUUACAUGCAGACAGACAGAUUGGCCAACAAAUAUUAUUGUCAACCUACAGAUUUGACUAAAAGAAUCCAAAGACUGAAUGGUGAGCAGAUUGACAUAUUUUUUUUAAAAGAAAAUCAUCACUGAGGUGAACGUGAUUUAGACUACAGUGUUGUACCUGUUUACCUGUGGGACUUAUAUCAGAGUAGACCUGUAUACAAAUUCUGGUCUACAGAAUUUGUGGACAUUUGGAAACAUCUGUGAUCUGUUUCAGCACACCUAGAAUAUUUCACAUUCCCAGCAUGUCACUUUAAAGAGGAGCAAGUUGAGCUUAAUAGUGGACAAGGAUGCCCAUAGUCACUCUGUAUCGAUCAUCAUCAUCUUCAUCAUCAUCUUCAUUAUACCUGUGUGUGGAUUCCUCUUCUGCUUUACCAUAAGAUUUAUUUUUUAAAGCAAUCUAAGGCAUAUAGGACAGCUACUAGUCAUGGUGAGAGGAGAAAACAUCACAGGCUGAUUCUGAUGUCCCCAACGUACAGAUCACCAAAAAACAUUGGGGUAACCUAACGAGGACCCCAUGUAAAAGUGGUGAAUACCAUGCAAACCAGAGCAGGAAGUUACAAAAGACUUCUAUAAUUCACGCUGGACUUUUCUUCGGUGACUGAAGAGUUUUUGGGCAUCCUUUGCACAAGGGCUUGUGUUUCCUGAACGAGGUUUAAUGUAUGUCUGUUUGUUUCUUUAUAGUGUCAAAGCAUAGUGAAUUCACUGUGAGUAAGACAAGUUAAACGCCUGUGUGUGUUUCAAAGAGUUGAUUGAGCAACUUUCAACAUGCCUGCCUGAGCCAAGUGCUGGCCAGCGACAGAAACAGAGAUGCACCUUUGGGGAUUGAUGUACUGUAAAUACUUUGAUGGAAAGGGAACAAAAAAAGGACAUAUACAUAUAUAUAAAUCUAUUUUAGAGUGCCUGCUGAAAUAUAUGUUUUUCAAUGAACAAAUAUAUAUAGCAGUCUAUUUUCCUACCUGUGUGUUAGUACAUGUGAUGAGUUCUUUGAAAGCGUUUUGUAGUCAGCAAUGUGAUACGUUCCAGGUGUAAACUAUGUUAGCCUUGCCAGCCCUACCAAAUGUUGCAUUUCCCCCUUUUGCCCACUUUGUUUUUCCAUGAUUAUCCAUUCAGCUAUGGAUAGAAAAUGUGUUUAUGAUGUUUUUGAAAGAAUAACUGUGAUCCUCCCGUUCACCAAUCCUUGUCCUUAGGUUGUUAUAUAAUUGGGCCAUGUGUAACUGCAGCUCUGUGAUAUCACAGCUUGAUUUUAUACAGCUGAAAUAGUGGAACAAAUUGAAAAGUCAUGCAGACCCUUGCAUUAGCAGACUCAGUGGCACAAAUUCAUUUUUUUUUCAGGUCAGGAGUGACUUGAGAAACUGCAAGUUGCUUCUGGUAUGAGAGAAUUGGCUGUCUGCAAGGAUGUUGUCCAGGGGAUGCGCAGAUGUUUUGAUGUUUUACCAUCCUUGUGGGAAGCUUCUCUCAUAUCCCCACAUGGGGAGCUGGAGCUGGAGCUGACAGACGGAGCUGAGCCCGCUCUCGCCCUGCCAUUACAAGGGUUUGACCCAUUGCACCACUGGGGGCUCUAGCAAAUUUAUGUCAGUGGGUUAUACAUCCUAAGAAUGUGGAGAGAUGGAAGUAAUAGGAGUAGCAUCAGUCUGUCAGCUGGAGAACUGGCCACUGGAGUUGAAAUUGACGCGAUGUGCACAAGAUAUUUGACCAUGUUGCCCUACUUGCCACCAAGCCUUGCUUUAGAGCAGUGGUUCUCAGUCCUUGGCCCUCCAGGCGUUUUGGACUUCUGUCUCCCACAAACCCAGUCCAGUAUGGGCAGUGUGAAGUUGUCCAAACAAUCUGAAAAACCAAAUGUGGGGAGCCAUUGUUUCAGAAAGUUGAAAUCUAGAGCUCCCCUUCUCAGAAUUUGUGAUCAAAUGAAGUGUUUACACCCUGAAGCCAGAAGGCUAAAUUUGGCAAAAGAGGCAGUUUCUAUACACUAAGGGUGGGAACUGUUAUUGUUGCCUUACUGUAACUCCCAUCAUUCCUCCCAUUGGCUGCAUUGCCAGUGCUGCUGGGACUUGCAGUCCACCAGCCUCUGAAGGACGGGAUGCUUCUCAUCCCUGUUGUAGGCUGUCAGAGCUGAAUGCAAACUUGAAAUAUACUUGAGUGUCCAACAGAUUGUGACUUAGAUGGCAUACACCCCUAGUCUGUUGAUCCACCUAUCUACCUCAGAUAAGGAGAGUGCAGUGAUGUGAGCUUUGUGUAGGAUUUUAAAAGUACCUCAAAUGUUGCAAAUGUUUCUUCUGUGAGUACCAAGUCUGUUUUGCGCCACUGUGGGCUCUGGCAUAUACAUCAAGGCUAAUAUGAUGGUCUGAAAGUACACGCAAAUCUCCUCUCCCACACAUGCCAAAGCUUCUUCAUUUUGUCUUACAGGUUGGGAUGUGUUUCACCUGCACUUGGGGGAAUCCAUGUGCUUGCACAGCAUCCCAGCAUUAGGAGGGAGCAAUCCCAGUAUCCACCUUGCUUUCCUCAGGCCAAAUCUCCUCUCUCCCCUUAUGCCUAACAGUGUGUUUUGGGAGGAGGCCGCCUGGAGUAAAACUUGCAGGUUUUUGUAUUUUGUAAUAGUAUGUUACGCUUCAACAGCUGAAGAUUUGCAAACCAUCCCCAAUUUCAGAUGCAGUUGCACAUUGUAUAGAUACCUAUUUUUUUUUAAUUGAUAUGGUCAAAUGCAUUGCACUUUGUACAUGGCUUUGAAGCUCCUUUGAAAAAUAUGUUGUACAGGAAAAUGUAUCUUGCUUUUGCGGAAUAUGAUGUGUAUAAUGUGUUUCUGGCUAACCAAAUUGAUAAGACCAUAAAGCGAUGCAGUAUAUCAAGUUUGUAGUAGUCUGACCAUAAUGGGAAUUCAUCCUUAUCUGAUCAAGAAGUUUAUGUUCCAUAUAAGAUGGAAAAAACUCAGGGAAUGACAAGCUCUUCCAUAGUUGUAGUGUCCCCUCCCCAGUGAAUAAAGGCAUAUUUGCUUGGUAUAAUAUAA